AUGACCCUGAGCACGGAGAUGUCCGAUGCCUCCGGCCUCGCCGAGGAGACAGACAUCGACGUGGUGGGGGAGGGCGAAGACGACGACGAAGAGGAGGACGAUGACGACGAGGGCGGCGGCGGGCCCCGGUUGCCCGGCUCGGCCCAGCGGCGGCGGCGCUCUUACGCCGGGGAGGACGAGCUAGAGGACCUGGAGGAGGAGGACGACGACGAUGACCUGCUGCUGGCCUCGCGGCCCGCCGCGUCCCCCGCGCCUCCGGGCCCUGUGCCCGCGUCGGGGACCGGCACGGGAAGCUGCAGCGGUGCGGGCGCGGGAGGCAGCUCCGGAACCGGCACGGGCGCGGGCGGCGGUGCCAAGAACCCACUGGUGAAGCCCCCCUACUCGUACAUCGCGCUCAUCACCAUGGCCAUCUUGCAGAGUCCGAAGAAGCGCCUGACGCUCAGCGAGAUCUGCGAGUUCAUCAGCGGCCGGUUCCCGUACUACCGGGAGAAGUUCCCCGCCUGGCAGAACAGCAUCCGCCACAACCUGUCGCUCAACGACUGCUUCGUCAAGAUCCCGCGCGAACCGGGCAACCCGGGCAAGGGCAACUACUGGACGCUCGAUCCGGAGUCCGCAGACAUGUUCGACAACGGCAGCUUCCUGCGGCGCCGCAAGCGCUUCAAGCGCCAGCCGCUGCUCCCCCCGCACACGGCAGCCGAGGCGCUGCUGCUGCGCGGCGCGGGGCCGGCGGGUGGCGCGGGGGACCCGGGCGCCGCGCUCUUCCCUCCGCCGCCGCCUCCCGCCUGCGGCUACGGAGCCUACGGCUGCGCCUACGGCCUGCAACUGCCGCCCUGCGCGCCGCCAUCCGCGCUCUUCGCCGCCGCUGCCGCCGCAGCCGCCGCCUUCCACCCGCACUCGCCGCCGCCUCCGCCGCCCGGUGCGGCCGCCGAGCUGGCGAGGACCGCCUUCGGCUACCGGCCGCACGCGCUGGGCGCCGCCCUGCCCGGCCCGUUGCAGGCGGCCACAGUGAAGGCGGGAGGCCCCGGGGGCGCCGGGGCGCUGGCACGCUCGCCUUUCUCCAUCGAGAGCCUCAUUGGUCGCAACCGGGGUCCAGCGGUCGCCAGUGUGCAAGCCUCGCCCGGGGCCGCUACCGGGACCGCACCGGGACCGGGGGGCGGAGGCUGCUCGGCGCAGGCGGCUGCGGGCCCGGCUGCCGCGCUCACCCGCUCGCUCGUGGUCGCCGCUGCAGCCGCCGCCUCGUCGGUGUCGUCGUCGGCCGCGCUGGGGACUCUGCAUCAGGGGACUGCGCUGUCCAGUGUGGAGAACUUUACUGCUAGGAUUUCCAAUUGUUAG